GCAGCGCAAUGCGUUCCCACGCGUAUGCAUGCUUUGACAAGUCUGACAGUAAAAAAUAGUGUAAAUAUAUAAACACCGAGGCGAUAAACACAAUUCAACGGUGUAGCUGUUGCAACAAUCGAUUCUACUGAAUAAAUUAUUCAGAGCUUAAGUCAAAAUUUUGUAUUAUUUAUCGGUUGAAAAAAAUAAAAUGGAAAUUUGUCGUUUGUGUCUAUUAAAUAACACGGACUGCAUAAAUAUUUUCAGCGUUGUAGCGCCGAAUAAAAAUGUGGCUGAAAUAAUUAGUAAACAUGUUGGUGAGGUGAUUGAAGCGGAUCCAUUGCCAAAUCACGUGUGCAUGGAGUGUUGGACAAAAAUCGACAACUUUCAUGAAUUCCAUACAAGCGUACAGACAGCUCAAGCCAGAUACUUGAACGAUUUCGUCAAAUACGAGCGUGAAACCAAUCACUUUGUUGAUGUUUUAGAACCGAUUCAUCUGAACAUAGACACUGCAACCGUAGAACCAAUCGAUGUACUGGCAUCGGUGAAUGAAGAACAAAAUGUGGAGUAUGAAACGUGCAAAUCGAUUUUCAUCGAAUCAAUGGAAUAUGCGGAAACAUUGGAAGAUGACUGUUCCAACACAACAAAACGAACGGAAUACGGAAAUGAAUCAGAUUCAGAUCCCGAAUACAGUAUUAGACAGACGCGUUCCAAAAACACAUAUUAUCAUACACACAAAAAGCAGUUCAUCUGUGAUAUUUGCUCGCAUACAUUAUCGUCAAAGCAGAAAAUUCUUGAGCAUCUACUGAGACAUGUCAAGUAUAUGUGCCCAAUUUGCUCCGAACGAUGCCCGCAUCGGAUUGCAUUGGACGCACACAUAAGGAGUGUACACUAUAAAGACAAAAUGGAAAGGUUGAAAAAGCAACUGGAUACAUUAACAAUGAACAAAGACAUCAUAGAGUUUCCAAAUUCGAACAAAAUUGAAGAGAUUCUGUCGAAAUAUUACGAUGCAGCCUGUGAUAUUUGUAGCGAGCACCUACCAGCAUCAUUGGAACAAAUUCAAGCCCAUCACGAUCAACAGCAUGCAAUGAAAUACUGCUACUUAAAAUGUUGCAACGGUUUAAAAUUGGAAACAAUUGAACAAGUCAAUGAGCACGUCAUAUUCCAUUUGUACCCAGAAUAUUACAAAUGUCAAUUUUGUGGUUCACGCUUUGUCCAUGGCAAUGUGCUGAAACGUUACGAUUUGGUUCGCAAACAUAUAGUUAGACACUUGACUGAUGCUCAGAAAAAUGCGUACAUAUGCAUCAUAUGCCGAGCAAGAUUCGCAUCAAACGAACUAUUGAACAUACAUCGAAAGUAUAAUCAUGGAAUCGAAUCAGAUUCAGAUGACUCAAACACUGCUGCGGAACAUAAAAAAUAUGAUUUGUCUGAUUUUUUCACGAUGCGAUGCGAUUUAUGCGAUGAUGUGCAAUUCGCAACAUUCCAAGAUGCAAAACAACAUUAUCGAAGCGCCCAUGAAAUCAACGGUUAUCUAGUGUGUUGUGAUAAAAAAUUCAUGAAACCCAAAACUAUCGACGAUCACUUCCGAUGGCAUAUUAAUCCAGAGUAUCUCAAAUGCCGAUACUGUGGGAAGUGCUUCAAUCAAAAGAUACACUUAACAGUGCACAUAUCAAAACAUAAAGCCGUGGAAGAAAAACGAUUUUCAUGUCCAAAAUGUCAUAAAGCAUUCCAUUGUAAUCAUUAUUUGAAAAAACAUAUGAAAAUGCACGAUGACAAGGUGAGGAAGAAAAUUCCCUGUUCGCAUUGCAACAAGCAAUACUCAACGGAACAAUCAUUGAACCAUCAUAUUCGGUAUGCGCACAGUCAGAAUCGAGAUUCGAAAGGUGUCAUUUGUGAGAUUUGCGGUAAAACAUUUGUAUCUCAAACGACUGUUAAAACGCACAUACGAUUCGUACAUUUGGAUGAUCAAAAGGAUCCAUCGAAACGUUCUCAAUGCACAAUGUGUGAUGCAUCAUUCAUCAACAAAUAUCGACUCAAGAAGCAUGUCGACUCAAUACACAUGGCUUUGCCGGUGAAAUGUGAAUUAUGUGAUAAAGUCGCUCCAAAUCCAGCGGCAUUGGUGUGCCACAUGAAAAGUGUUCAUGUUGCUCAGAAUUUUCAGUGUCAUUUAUGCGCAAAAGCAUUCAAAGCCGCUGCAGCACUUAAAGAUCACAUUGCAACGCACACGGGCGAAAAACUUUACAAGUGCUCCUUUUGUCCUGAAGCAUUCAUUUGGCGUCCAAAUAUGUAUUCACAUCAAAAGAAAGCGCAUCCAGAAGAAUGGAAAUCGAAAAAAAAUAUUUUAAAAUGAAUUUUUUUAACGAUUUUUGAAAAUUAUUACUAAAGAAACACAUGAACAAAGUAUAAACGGAAAUCGGUUUUCUCUCUUUGACUUUCGAAUGAAUCAUAGCAUUGGUAUAAGCAUUGCAUAAAUAGAUGGAAGGAAAAGCCGACUGGACUUUUGAAUUCAACACCAUUGAUUUCGCAAUAUAGGGACAGUACGUGUUCCCAACGUACAUAGUUUUUAUUGCAACGGCCAUACAUUUGCUCAUCGACAAGCAUUUUUUUUUACCUGAGUAUUUUUCAAUGCAUAUAAGUGGAAUAAUAUUGCAACUAUGGGUAUUCCCAUUGAUACGUAAUUGCAAGCACUGCAAAUGUGCCUACUUUUUAAACGAUCACUGAUUUUGACCGUUUACUCAUUUCGAGUGUGAACUUCGUAGAGGUCGCAUCAUAUUGUGUUUUUUUUUCUUCAAAGAAGACGAAAAAAAAAAAUUACUGCGAUCGAUACAUUUUGCAUUAAAUAAUUGGAAAAUAAAAAUUUCCACCAGAGACAUUCAUUUGGCUUGACGAGUUAAAAUGGAAAAGAUUCUGUUAUGCAUAGUGUUAAUUUUUCAUUGUGUCAAAACGGAUCGAGUCUAUCAGAGGGGAUGUCCUGCAGUAACACCGAUGUCUGAAUUCGACAUGGAGCGAUUUUUAGGUGUUUGGUAUCAAGUGCAACCCGAUCAAGAACCGACGGAGGAACAAGACCAACAUGAAUACCCAUCUUGUGAAUUCUAUACGGUGACGCACAGCAACGAAACGAGUCGAUUUGUUGUGAAUACACAAUUUGAAUUGUACACGGGUUUUGUUGAUGAAAAACCAGCCAAGUAUGAAACACACUCGACGAAUUAUUUGGAUGUGCUAGAAGAAGCAGCUAAAAUGAGUUACAAUCCACCGAAUUUGUCGGGUGGUCAAAUUAUCGAAUCAAAUUUCACCGUUAUUUCAACGGACUAUGAAUCUUACGCUGUCAUUUCAAACUGUGACAAAGAAAUAAAUGAUGGUGACGUGCAAUUUUCGCAACAUGCAACACUCUGGUCACGCACACGAGAUCUUGAAAAUGAUUUCGUUGACAACCUAUAUGAAAAUCUGGGUUCAUUUGAUUUCGAUCCAUAUGAUCUGAACAGUGUCAGUCAAACUGGUUGCAUCGAAGGCGCCACCAAACUCUUAAGCAUCAACCUUAACGAACAAACCGAAUCAUAAUUUGAAAAAAAACUAUUUAAUAUUUAUUAAAACUAAUUAAAUUAAAAAAAAUUCAAACAAAUUUUCUGUAUUUUUUACAUUUAAAUUGAAUAAAAAAUAAUAUGGAUUAUAGAAUAUCGGGAUGCGAAA